AUGAUAAGCUCUAUGCAAAUUCAUUCCCUUUUCAAGAACCCUAAAUUUAUGGGGUUUUCUUCUUCUUACUUGUUGCCCAAUUGUAGUAAUUUCCACCAGAAUCCCUGCAGCAGAGAAACCUAUAUGUUUCCCCGGAGGCAAUUCAAGUACUGUACAGAAACUGAAAUAGAAUAUGAAAGAAGAGGAAUUCAUAGAAAGGGAAAAGGGUUUUUGUGUAAUGGAUUUAUUUUGCCAGUGGAUCCAUGGGCACCCAAUAUUGAUUCAGAGAGCAUAGCCUCACAGCUAUUUGCAUUUUCUCUGUUUCCUUACCUGGGUUUCUUAUAUUUCAUCACCAAAUCCAAGUCUGCCCCAAAACUCACCCUUUUUGGAUUCUACUUCUUGCUGGCCUUUGUCGGUGCCACCAUACCGGCAGGGAUAUACGCAAAGGUGCAUUACGGGACAUCCUUGUCCAAUGUCGAUUGGUUGCAUGGUGGAGCUGAGUCACUGCUCACUUUGACAAACUUGUUCAUUGUGUUGGGUCUGCGGGAGGCUCUUAGAAAGGCAAAAAACGAGGAAGAAGAUGAAUCCAAGGCUGCAUCUGGAAUCAAAGGGGAAAAAAAGUCGUCAAUCUAA